AUGUUUGGUUUUAAAAUGGCUGCACUGAAAAGGCCAAAUAGGGGAUUACAUUGCGUUCAUCUCCAACUCUACAAAGACCUAAAGGAGAGACAGAAGAACGGCCAGACGAAGGCGUCGUUAUCGCUGCAGCAGUAUCUGGGGUUCGAGUCGGGUUUCACACUUGACAAGGAGUCGAACACACUCGCCAUACUUUGUGAGGAUGUCGUUCCAGUACUGGCUUUUGAUACCAGAGAGAUUUUAAUACAGUGGAGGGUGAAGGUGCAACACAACUUAGGAAGCAGCAAAGAAUUUGCAGCAGUUAUCAUAUCAGCACCGUCCUCCACGGGAAUCAAAGCUGGUCCCGUACGGUUACACGCCUGUGGACCUCGGCUGGCCCUCUGCGCAUCUCGACCUCCUGAAGUGCUGGCGCUUUGGGACGUCAAGUUGUUAAGGUAG